AUGGCCUCCGUCAUUGUGGACACCGCCACAGCCACCACAGGCAGCGGCGGCUCCCUCGAAUCGGACUCGCUGCCGGUUGUGGAUCUUCGGCUUCUCUCCCAAUCGGAGCUAUAUUCUCUCUCGCUCUGCUCCUCCGCCGCCUUCGAUCCCCGCCGCUUUGACGACGUCGUUAUCCCUACCAUUGAUCGCUCCGUUUUCAACGAGUCCGCUGGCUCCCGCAAACAGACCUACUCGCGCCUCCGCCUCGCCCCGCCCUCAUCUUCCCCUUCCGCCGUCUCCGCCCGCCGCCGCACCCUACAUCUACGUCCCGCCUCCUCCUCCUUUGCCGAUGUCAAUAAUUCCGAUCCCGAGAAUGCCCAAAUCGUUACCCUUCUCAAGCAAUUGUUAUGCUUCAGGGACAUGGACCCUGGGUCAUUGUUCACGGUUAAAAUCGACUACACGAAUGGGGGCCGUGCGGGCCACAAACGGAAGCGUGGCCGCCCUCCUGCGAAUGGAAAAUUGGAGUCGGCUGUAGCGGUUAGUGCUGAUGACGUGGAUGGCCCCAGUGGACUGCAUUUUGUGUCUUGCAAGGAAGUUUCUUCGUAUCUACUCUCUCUUCAAGGUGUCCAAGAUACAGCCACACAUAACUCUAUCCAGUAUAAUGAGAUUGACAGUGAUGAUAAAUUGACUUCUCGUGCUAUUUCAGAUACUACUAUUCGUGAUGGCGGUGUAAAGGAUAACCCAACUUCCCAGGUUCCAUCUCCCACUCUCGGUUCCGCUUCCAGUAAUCAUGAGAUACAUGUUGAAAUUGGUGCUGGAGUUUUGUUGGAGAGCAGUGUAGAAGAAAUUUUACAUUGCAACAAGUGCAAUGAAAAUUUCAAGGGGAGCGAUGAAUUAUUGCGACAUGAAUCAUCUGUUCACUCAAGAAACAGAUACAAAAAUUCUGUGCGCAUUACCGAUGGGGUGAUAAUCAAGGACGGGAAAUACGAGUGCCAAUUCUGUCAUAAGAUAUUUCCCGAGAGGCGUCGGUAUAAUGGUCAUGUUGGUGCUGCCCAUGUGAGAUACCAAGCGAAGACUGCUGGAGAAUCACACCCAGAGGCUGUUGAUCCUAGUUCAUUUGGCAGUUCACAAGUUCGAGAGACUACGAUGGAAGAGUCAAUAAAAUCUGAUAAUGCUGUCGUCAGUAAUAAUGCAUUGGACAUGUGCUCACCUUGCAAUAAACAUAAUGGGCAUGGAGAAAAUGAAGUUAAUGGCAACAUGAGAGCUGCUAAUGAGUCUGCCGGUGUAGUUUCUGAAACAAAUACAUGUUCAGUUCCAGAUUCAAGUUAUCCUGCGGAAAAAUGUGAUGUUGGAAAUAUUGACCGUAACUGUCAGACAACGGAUGAGCUAAAACUUGAUCGUGAGGAUUUUGUGGAUAAUGGUUCUGUAUUUGAUUCGUUUGGAAGUCAUGUUGACCAGGACAAAGGCCUACUCGUUAGUUCACAGCAGCAUAGUGAUUUUGGAUACUUGACUUGUGAUGGUAAUGCCGAAAACACAUCAACCUCUGAACCAAUGACAUCUAUACUUACUGUAAAUCCUGAAGUCAGCAAACUAACCAUGGUUUAUGAGAAAGCACGUGUUGGUGAUGACAUCCCCAGUGUUGAUGAAACACUUGAUUUGGGGAAAUGUCAGAAUGGUACUAUGUUAGAAGGUAAUGAUGACGUAAGCAGCCCCAUUGAGAUGCAGCAUGUAAAUAGUUCAGUCGUUUGGCCUUGUGACAAGAAAGAAAACGUGUCCGUGAAAGAUGACCCGAAGGCACUUGGUUCUCUUCUAAUAGAGACUGGGCCGCAGAGCACAUCUACAAGCAUGCAUGUUGCUUUGUCUGUUCAGGAAGAUCUGUGUGGUAACGCAAAUGACAAAGAUGAAGUUUGUGAAAGAAAGAUGGAGUCACCUAAAUUCGACAACCUUCAGAAUUUUGCAGACAGUGAGUCAACUGAAGCUUUCAGUAGGACUUGUGCUGGUUUGAAUUACAGUUCAGUUACAGGAUCUGUGCAAGAUAAGGGAAUCGGAGUCUACUCGGAUUUCACUUCUGCAGCUGAUGAACAAUUUCUUACCGAAGAUAGGAUGACUAGAAUUUUCGAUGAUGGCUCAUAUGAACCCAACAAGGAGCUAACUAAGGGUAUGGAACUUGGUGGCUCUGGUGUUUUAGAAAUUUCGAAUGAGGCUUAUGCGUUGGAUAAGAUUUAUGCUACUACCCCAAGUAGCCCAUCUAAACUCAUUGAUACUGAAACCACUGAGAAAACUGAGCUAAGCCUUUCAUUUGUUAAUCUUCAUAUGGAACCCUGCAGAGAAUAUAAUCAAGUGGAAGAUGGUGCAAAAUUUCAGUCUGUUAUAGAUAAAACAUUUGCACAUGGUUAUCUGAAAGAAGCUAGCCCUUUUGAAAUUGGUUUGCCCCCUUCAUGCUUCAACUACAGAACAAAUGAACAUCAAACUAGUCUUCAUGUGCCUAACCCUGAAGGGGACUGGAAUGGAACCAGAGGAACUUCUGGCCAAGACUUUAUGGUUGGUUUCGAGAACAACUCACAGUUUGGUGGAUAUGCCAAAGUUGAUGGCUCCUGCGGACCUCAUCUUGAACAUAUGGUUCAAGGUGCUCCAUGUCCUCAGAUACCAUCAUCAAGCUAUUUCAACUCUCGUGGCCUAAUAUCAGACAAGGAAAAAGAAGGUUUAUUUAGCAUGAACAACUAUGAUAUUCAUACCGACAUGUCAAGCCCAGCCGGAUUCAAUCCUGUACAAUAUAGUUUUAUGGGCGAGCAGAGUUCAAGUUCCUUGCCUGAAGAAUCCAAGAUUUUCUCAUCAAAUGUGGACAUGAAACAAGGGUUAGAUCCUGGCUUUUGGCUCGGAAAAGAUGAUUUAACAUCAAGUGCAGCUAAUAAUAUCAAUCAUGUUACAUCGGUGUGCAUCUGGUGCAGAAACGUGUUCUUUCAAGAUGCAAGCCAAGCUGGCAACCAAACAGGCGAGAUAGGUACUAUGUGUCCGUCGUGCAGUUCAAGAAUUCCGGCAACUGGUUUGUGA